AUGGCAUCUCGUUCGGUUACUGGAACUCAAAUCACUGAAGAGACUACUGAAUGCGACAAGUUACCAUCAAUCGAAACCAUUCGAAAGGCGAUACCACCAGAAUGCUUUGAACGAUCGUUUUGCAAAUCUUUGUUCUAUCUGAUACUCGAUUUCGCAGUGAUCGCGAUCCUUUAUUACACCGUUAGCUACUUCGAAUGCUUUGGGUUUGGUGGACUGCUUAUAUGGUAUUGGUUAAUGGGCAUGUUCGGCUCAUCACUGUUCGUGGUAGGACACGACUGUGGUCACGGAACGUUCUCUGAGUAUACAUUCAUCAACGACUUAUUCGGACAUAUAGCUCACGCACCCAUUUUAGCACCCUAUUGGCCGUGGCAAAAAUCACAUCGACAACAUCAUCAGUUUACUUCUCAUCUCGAUAAGGAUAAGGGCCAUCCAUGGACAGUCGAAGAAGAGUAUAAGCAAAGAAAUAGCUUCGUAAAGACGUUGUCAAAAAUACCGAUCACUGGGCUUGUGAGAUGGAAUCCCAUCUAUACGAUGGUUGGCCUGCCUGAUGGAAGCCAUUUUUGGCCAUAUUCGCGAUUGUUUACGAAUAAUCGGGAGCGAUUGCAGUGUUGUAUUAGUGGUUUGGCAUGCUUGACUUGUGCUUAUGUAGCUUUUCGAGUGUGUGACUAUAGUAUAUAUACAUUUCUCAAGUAUUACUAUGUACCGAUCUUGUUCCAAGGCCUAUGGCUCAUAAUUAUCACAUAUUUGCAACAUCACUUCGAGGAGGUGGAGGUUUAUGAAGAAGGACAUUGGAAUUACGUGAGAGGACAGUUGCAGACCGUCGACCGAACUUUUGGGUUUGGGAUUGACAGUGCGCUUCAUCACAUUACUGAUGGACAUGUGGCACACCAUUUCUUCUUCACUCGAAUCCCACAUUAUCAUCUGAUGGAAGCAACCAAUGCAAUCCAAAACGUACUUGAGCCGUACAAAGGUGCAUACAAAAGGGCACGUAGUUGGGACUUCGUUUGGAAAUUCGUGGAAUUAGAUUCGAAAUUAGAGUACUUAAUCGGAAAGGGAAGUGGCAUUCUGAAGUUUGCGAAGUCGUGA